UGGAUUUAUGAAUUUUAUACGUUAUUUUCAAUCAGGGCAAGCUAGAGUAAACGAAGUUGCAACCAUCAAGCAGUGAUUUGCAAAUUGCAUGGGAGUAAUUUGGAUUUAGAAUUAUUAAUUUGCAGUAAAUAAAACUUGGUAGUUGAUUGUGAAAUAGUGUUUUAAAGUCGCUGGUUUGACAGCAAGAAUAUUGAACGGCGAAAUGGAGAUUCAAGUCAGGAGGAAUCAUAUUGUUCAUGAUCAGGAAAACGUAUACGCGUCUAAAAAUGUUGGCGCUACAGUUCCAAUGAAACACUUGGGACUCAAUGUUCGAGGCGCCCUAGGAGAGUUAAACACGAACACCAAUUUUCAAUCUCAACCUGCCAACAAUGCUAUCAAAAGCGCUAUUUCCUGCGAGAUUGAAAAUAAAACUCGUCGAGUUGUUCGAUGCUAUAAACAUGUCCAAUCAAAAGUGGACACAGGAUUGGCUAGCAAAAGUAUUAUUCAGCCUUCUUCACGGCCUCCUCUUCGCAGAGAAGAGAGUACUGGCAGGCUUGCAGCUAGGGCAGUCGUUUCUAGGGCCGCACUUAAAGACACACAGAAUAAGCCAAAUGAAAUAAAAGAAUCUGUAAAUGUAUUUGUGCAAGCAAAGAAAGUUGUCCAGGCAAAGAAAAAGCUACCUACUCUUAAAGAGAAUGCCAAAGAAGUCAAAAGCUUGCUUAAACAGCCUAUUGGAGAACCAACAGAAUCACUGGGCAAGCUCAAAUUGGGUGAUGACGUGUCAACAAAAGUUAAUCAAAGAAAAAAAGAACCUGAACCUACUCCAGAGCUCCCUGAUGAUAUUGAAGACAUUGAUGCAAAAGAUAACAAUACUGCUUUGCUUAUGUCCCAUUACAUUAAGGAUAUAUACAGAUACUUGACCAAGCUCGAAGAAAAGUAUGCUAUUGAAAAAGACCACUUGGCUAAACAGGUUGUGGUCACUGGAAGAAUGAGAGCAACUCUGAUUGACUGGUUGGUUGAAGUUCAGAAACAAUUCACUUUAGAGUUAGAGACAUUCCAUAUGACAGUUGGUAUCAUUGACCGUUAUUUACAGGUAGUGACAAAUGUGCAGAGGGGUAAGCUUCAACUGGUCGGCGUAACAGCGAUGUUCAUUGCCAGCAAAUAUGAGGAAGUGUUUGCACCUCAGGUUGGGGACUUUGUCUUUAUAACAGACAAUGCUUACUCCGCAUCUGAUGUCAUCCAGUGCGAAGUGGAAAUCUUGUCCAAACUUGGGUACUGCCUGGCUAGGCCGAUACCUAUAAGUUUCUUGAGGAGAUUUGUGAAAGCAGCACACGGAACUUCCAAAAAUCAUCACUUAGCAAAAUAUUUAGUAGACUUAUGUUUAGUGGAAUACUCAAUGGCGCACUACAAACCUUCAGAGUUGGCUGCUGCGGCCAUCUGCUUGUCACUGUACCUUUUAUCAAAGAAAAACCUAACUGAAGUAUGGACACCUACACUCUCUUAUUACUCGGAAUACUCUUUGGAACACAUCGAACCUAUUAUGCGGAAGAUCGCCAAAAUAGUUGUUAAUGUAGAAAAAUCUAAAUACAAAGCUGUGUACAACAAAUAUUUGGACAUAUCAUUGGCCAAGGUAUCAAGUCUACCUCAGUUAAAAAGUGAUGUCAUUCUUGAGCUAGCUCAAGAAGCGUAGACUAUUUUAACAAGUAUUAAUAAAUAAUAAUUAUUAAUUUAUGUGAUAGCUGAAACAGCUGAACAGCUGAAAGUUUAUCACAAGUGCGUAGCAAUUUGAUUUUGGAUUUUGAAUAUUCGACAUUGCUAAAUGUUAAGGAUCCUAACUUAAUAAUACUAAUCUGCAUGUGUAAAUAAAAUUAAUGAAAUAUGAAGGCGACAAGGUGCGAGUCCUUAAGUCUUUUACGUAAUGUCUUAUCUUUUUGGGCGUUAAAAGGGCGGGUUGACUCUAGUCGUGUGGCGACCAAAAUGUGUAAUCUGUUAAAUAGGCCUUAUAGAGUCUCUUUCAUCAAUAAGGUCAACUUUCCACUAUAGCUAGAUGGUGCAAGUAUGUGAAGAUAGGCUGUGUAAACUAUUCCACCAAAGCUGUCUACUUUAGGCAAGCAAAUGAAAUGUAUGAGGCGAGUUAAUUUGUCUGUGGAGCAAAUAUUAUUUGCCAGACGUUACUUAUAGACAAUAGAGAUCGGACAUUCAUUUAAUUCUUCAUUUUGCUCUAUGGCAUUUAGAAUAAUGGAUUUUGGUUGAUACACAAUAUUUUUUCUAUACCAAUGUUUAAUUCAACAUUAUCAAAAAAUAAUUAAUAAAAUAAUAAUAAUUCCGUUAAACUUAAAGCAUAACUCAAAUCCUUCGCUUCAAUUACGAGCGCAUUUCUCGGCUUAAACGAGAAUCUGCAGAUUAUUUAUUUUCGUCUUAUAUCUGUUGCACACUUUAUCUAAUGUAAAUUACCACAAAUGUUAUUAUUGAAAAAUAGUUUUUAGUUUGUAUUAAGACCAGUGGCGUGCACUUCAUGCAUGCACAAAAGCCCUGCAUACCCUGAAAUCUAUACAUAACUUGUAUAAGAGGAGGAAUUUUGCAGAAUUAUGCAAUUUUACUGCUGUAUGCAUACCCUGGUAAGAAACCCAGCGCACGCCACUGAUUAAGACGAUACCCAACACUUGAGUGCGAGCGUCUCAGUGCAGCAUUGGUAUAAGCCACUGUACCUGUCAUUCAAAAUUAACAAUUCAUUGAUAGUAUACAUAUGUUUUAAAUUUUAUUGUCUCUUCUUCGUUCGUCUUGAACGUAUAGAGUAGAAGGUGCAAUAGUGUAUAAACACAGCUUUGCGCUUUGAGAUAAAAAUGAAGCAAUCCUGUCGGUCUGUAUCAAACUCAUCCCUACAAAUAUUAAGCUCUGGUGGAAUGGUGCCUUAGAAGAUUUAAUUGUGUCAGUGUCCAGUAAUGUAACAUGCUAAUUUUUUUAUUUUGUAACGACGGACUGACAUUUUUGACUUAAGGUUUCUUUUAGGUACCUGUUUAAUUUAAGGUUUUAGAUGUAUUUGUAUGACUUAUUAGAUUGAAAGGCUUUAUCACUGUAAUCUACUUACUGGUAAUGUCGCGUCGUAAGGUACGAUUGAGAUUCAGUAUCAAUGGUGUUGAUACUAUACCUACGUUGUCAUAGUUAACGAAAGUUUUUAUGGUAUUGAUACAUGACUAUACUGGUCCACUGGUGCAUUUUUUAGUAAUGUACCGAUUAUUUUUACUAACUUUACAAGGGAUGCAAUUACGCAUUCUUAAAAACACGCUUAGUGCGCGCGUAUUAAUCUUUGCGAACGCUUGUUUUUUUAACUUAUUUAUUUGUAGAAUUUUCUGACAUAUGAACACACAUGUAGUACUAAAAUUUUGCUCUAAGUUUUACAAAAAAUUUAAUAUAUUAGGGUUGGUGCAGAUAGAGCGACAAACUCUGCUUGCAUGCUCACUUACUCUUAUUUCAAUUGUUUGAGGUCGACUUUAAAACAAUCCGUUAAAAAUUUUUUUGAAGCUCUUUAUUAGCUCUCCUGCUCUGACCUCUGUAUAGAAGACCUAAUUUUAUCCAUCUACUGCAAAUGAAGGAUAAUGUAUUUAACUGUAUGUGUAGAUUUCUCCUUAUUGAGCUGCCUUUGAAUUUGACAUUAAUACAAGAGCCAUAGACGUCAUGACAAAUACAAUAUGGCUGGUAUGUUGCGAAAAUACCGCAGGUACAAAAAUUACAAAUGUAUGUAUCGAAUUUGGUAUAAAAUGAAAGGUAUAUUUCAUAAGGUGAUCAUUUUAAAGAUAUAUAGUAGGUUACUUCUACAUGUGACAGAAAUAUACGUACAAAAUUAAUGACUUUGUUUCUCGCGCUUGGAUGGCCGCAGCUUAAUGUGUACAUAGUUCUGCAAUCACUUAAUUGUAUUUUGCAUGGACUGUUGUACAAUAUAGUGUAGUUUGAAAUUUACAAUGCGAUCCGAUGAGGUCCGCACGGCAUCUUACCACCACAAAACGUGUUAAUCUUUGCUCGCAGAAUAAUAUGUACGAUAUAAUGUUAAACAUAGCGCUGAGUGAGAACUUGAAUGCAACUGACAAAGAACCAAAAUACUUGACACAUUAUAAUUACUGGAC